CAACAACAACAACAACAACAAAAAUGGUUAAUGAGCAAAAGAGAUUUGCUUUGUUUCUUGCUACGAGCGAUUCAACGUUCGUGAAGAAAGCGUAUGGAGGCUAUUUCAACGUGUUUGUUUCGACUUUUGGUGAAGAUGGUGAGCAAUGGGAUCUGUUUCGAGUGAUCGACGGCGAGUUUCCUGACGAUAAGGAUCUGGAUAAGUACGAUGGUUUUGUUAUUAGUGGAAGCCUUAACGAUGCUUUUGGUGAUGAUGAUUGGAUCGUUAAGCUUUGUUCUCUUUGCCAAAAGCUUGACGACAUGAAGAAGAAGGUUCUUGGUAUCUGCUUUGGCCACCAGAUACUAAGUAGAAUCAAAGGAGGGAAAGUCGGAAGGGCGAGUAGAGGUUUGGAUAUGGGACUAAGAAGCAUAACAAUGGUUACAGACGCGGUGAAGCCAGGUGGUUACUUUGGAAGCCAGAUUCCGAAAUCACUAGCCAUUAUAAAAUGCCAUCAAGAUGAAGUUCUUGAACUCCCUGAAUCAGCCACAUUGCUUGCUUAUUCAGACAAAUACAACGUUGAGAUGUGUUCGUAUGGAAACCACUUGCUAGGCAUCCAAGGCCAUCCUGAGUACAACAAAGAGAUUCUUUUCGAGAUCAUUGAUCGUGUCGUCAAUUUGAAGUUGAUGGAGCAAGAUUUUGCGGAUAAGGCGAAGGCAACGAUGGAAAACGCGGAACCAGAUCGGAAGCAAUGGCAGACUCUCUGCAAAAACUUUCUCAAAGGAAGAUCCGAGCAAGUUUAAACAAUGAACAAAAC